CCUCGGAAGCCCUACCUGCUUCAUUGUCUACUCUUUGACACCACCAACCAGCAACAGCUCUCUCUCUCACGUCGUCUUAUAUGCGCGCCCGACCAUAAUCGGACCCGAUAGCUUGCUUACCCUUUCUCACUCUAGGUAGUCCGAGAAACGCUUCAUUGCAUCCCCAGUCCUACUCGCCUUGUUAGCCUCUCCUCUCCCUCAUUUCCUCUCCCUCCCCCCCGCGCGUGUCUCCCUGUUGUCGCCAAUCAUACUCGGUGCUGUCAUCUCAGUCGCCCUUGACCACAACCACUCCAACCAAGCAUUUAUUCGCCUUGCUUUCACGCCUACCGCUCAGCAAGCCUCACAAGCAUUAAACUUCAACCCGUCGAAAUGCCUGCCUCCGAGGACAAGAGCGAUGACGGUCCCCUCAGCACUCCCGACUUUGGCGACGCGAUUGACUCAGUCACCUUCGGUCAGAUCCUGGAGAUGGAUGAGGACGAGAAUGAUCGCGACUUCAGCCAGUCAAUCGUCUUUGGCUUUUUCGAGCAAGCAGAGGAGACUUUCGAGUCGAUGGACUCGGCCUUAGAGGAAAAGGAUCUCGAGAAGUUGUCGCAGUUGGGCCACUUUUUGAAGGGGUCCUCGGCCACGCUUGGACUCGUCAAGGUUAGAGACAGCUGCGAAAAAAUCCAACGUUACGGCAAAAAGGAGAACGAGGAUGGGUCUCCGGAGACAGACGAGGAACUGUGCCUCAAACGCAUCACCGAGACGCUCAAGGCCCUCAAGACUGAGUAUGCAGACGCCGAAAAGCUCCUGAAGAAGUUCUUUGGCACGGAAGAAGAAGAUGAUGAAGAUGAAGACUAAGCCCGUCACGGAAUCUUCCCGUCACUGCCACCGCCGCUCCGUGUUCCAACGUCAACUUACCGUCGCCCAGCAUUAGAAACGAU